AUGGGAACAAAUCGAACCUGGAUUCUAAGGCAGAGGAAUCUACGCACAGAGACUAUGCAUCCAAUGGCAACCAAUAAGAAUCAGGAUUCUAAGGCAGAAGAAUCUAGUCAGGAGGGCAUGGAAGGUGACCUUCCCACUAGCGUAGAAGGACCUAAUACGACUAAAACGAAGGGACUAUUUGAAGGGUAUGAGAUUAUGAAAAUAACCGGGACUGGAGCUAAGAUGGAUGGAAUCUUCAUUAUGAAUAAUGGGAAGCCAUUCGUAGGCCCAAAUGAGAGCUUGAUGAAUAAAGGGUUAAGCGUCGUAACACGCCUGAUGGACUCGAUAAGAAAGUACUACUAUUCAAAGCUAACUGCAGUAGACAAGCAUCCUUUAUUCAAGAAGCUAGAGGACAAAUUUGACACAGACAGAACAGGUCAAGACACAAGGACAAUUAUAGAGCAGAGAAUGCACAAGCGGUUUAUCGAUUACAAGCAUCAGAUGCACACUCACUACCUGAAAGAUCGUAAGACAGCUAGGACAAACCCUCAUGUGGACAUGAAUAUAGGACUGACAUCUGCUGUGUGA